UUUUCCUGUGUGAAGAGUGAACAUGGCUUCUGCCGAACCGAACCGCGGAGGCGAAGCGGAGAUGGAGGGCGAUUUCUGGGCUCAGCUCGGCCCGGUGGUCAAGAGGGACCCGGCGCUGAAGCUGCUGAGCCCCGUGAGCGGCCUGGAGCCGCUGACCUGGUCGGAUGACCACCGGCUCGCAGCGUCCACCAGUAGCAGCGUGUCGCUCAUGGAGCUGGUGCCGGACCUGCAGAGCGCCGGGCCGGACUUGGUGCUGCACCGAACACACAUCCCCCUUCAUCAGUCCGCCUACGAGCUCCAGGUGGGUCCAGAGGAUAAAGUGCAGAAAGCAAAAGAAAAGCUUGAAAAGUCUGAUGACGCAGCUGUUAGGCAGGUCUUUAUGAUGGACAGAAUUAUGAAUCCCCAAGCUGGGCCUUUGCAAGGUGUGAAGUACACAAGCUGGUCACCCCUUGGCUGUGAUGUGAAUGGCCGCUGCCUUCUGGCCUGCCUGACGCUGGACUGUCGCCUCACCAUUCACAGCAGCCACAAGCGUUUACAGUGGACACAGCUCCUGGACCUCACUGAACUAUAUGGGGAGAUGUUAAAGUCCAGGAACUACUCUGUGCAGAAUGAAGAUGUUUCUCAGCCCUCUCUGGACGACCCUGGUGAGCUGCAGAGGAGGUACCGCAUGCAGACACCUGUGCGCAUGGAGUGGUCCAGUUUGUGCAAUACGCAGCAGGUUCAGAGCAAUAAUGAAUGUAAAGACAUUGGAACAGUUCUUCUGGCAGUGCUGAUGGAGAAUGGGGACCUUGUAGUAUGGCAGUUUCGCCUGCCCAUGCAGGGGAAGGGUUCCGUCGUUUCCUGCAACACAAUCAAAUCUGGCGUGUCCUCGCCGAGUGUUCUGGCUUGGUGGGAGUAUGAGCACGGGGGCCGCAAGAUGAGCGGCCUAAUCGUGGGCAGCUCAGUAGGCCCAGUGAAAAUCCUGCCUGUCAACCUGAAGGCUGUGAAAGGUUACUUCACCCUCAGGCAGCCUGUGGUGCUGUGGCAGGAGACGGACCAGAUCCCUGUCCACAACAUCAAGUGCAUUUCACUCUAUCAUCCGCACCAUAAGUGUAACUGCAGUCUGGUGGUGGCAGCACGAGGCUCUUAUGUGUUCUGGUGUCUUCUGCUCAUCUCCAAAGCUGGUCUGAACGUUCACAAUUCACACGUGACUGGACUCCACUCCAUGCCCAUCAUGUCUAUGAGCACUAGCCGGAAUGGGGGCUCCAUCUUCACCUGCUCCAUGGAUGGGACAGUAAAGAAGCUUAUUCCGGUCUUCACCGAUGUGGCCGUUGUGUUCAAGCAACAGGAGAUAGCCCUGCCUGAAGGAGUGGUGGGCCGGCGGAUCCACGGCAUCUCUGUCAGUCCUAACGGAGCCUACCUUGCACUGGCCUCCACUGAGGGCUUGACUAACGGCUUGCACCCGGUCUCCCGCAGCUACCAGGUGCAGUUUAUGACGCUGAAGACUCCAGAUGAGGCUGCAGCUGAGCUCCUGGAGUCACAGCAGCAGAACCUCUACAGGCAGACAGACCUGCUGGACCUGGUUCGCUGGCGGGUGCUGAAAGACAAACGCAUCCCACCCUUCCUUCAGGAUGAAAUAGAUGACAAAGUGCACACCUCAGGCUCCACCUACCUGUGGCGCUUCAAGCUUUUCCUUCUCCGCAUCCUCUACCAGUCCAUGCAGAAGGCACCAGUGGAGGCACGGUGGAAACCCUCACACCAGGACAGUAAGGUGUUUCUGGGUGACGAGGAGGUGGGCGGAGAGGAGGGCAAGCAUGGGGAAGGGAGCCAGGUAGCCGAGGCCGCCGGUCUGGAGGAGUCCAAACAGAAGGAAGCUGAGAGCAGCGAGAGAGCGACAGAGUUCAGCGAAGAGCAGAUAAAUGAAAUCACAGCAUGGAUCGAAGAGGUAGAGUCCCACCUAACACGUGAGCACAUGAAGAGAGUGCUGGGAGAGGUAUACCUCCACACACUAAUUACUGAGAAUACCUGCAUCCCCACCAAAGGGCUCUGUGACUUCCUCUCAAAUGAUCCCACCAAUGAAGACAGAGCAGCCAAGGUUCUGAUUGGUCACAUAAUGAAGAAGAUGAACAAGCAGACGUUUCCAGAGCACUGUAGCCUGUGUAAAGAGAUCUUGCCCUUUACUGACCGCAAACAGGCUGUGUGCAAUAAUGGACAUAUGUGGCUCAGGUGUGUGCGGUCCUAUCAAGUCUGUCAGAAUGUGACUUAUCGACGCUGUCUGCUGCAGGACAGCAUAGCUUCAGUGCCACAGCCUGAGGAUCCAGACUGGGUAAAGAAGAUCUUACAAGGACCAUGUACAUUCUGUGACUCUCCUCUUCUCUGACACACCUGAGGUCAACACCACACUGCCCAAGGCUGCUGACACGCACCACAUCCCUAACGGAUGCUACUUAAACCGAGGAGGACAGUUUCUUCUUCUUCUUCUUCUUCUUUUUCAUUUUUAUACCAGAUAAGCCACUAUAAUGAAAGUAAUCUGAAAUGACCCCUAACCAUAUAACUUAUGUUUUUGAUUUUUUCUUCUUCUACUGUAACCCCGUGGCUAUUCCAGUACUUCAUUUUUUCUUUAUGUAGCAAAGAGGUCAGCAGUGUGCAGAAAUGGGAUGACUGCUUUCCUCCAGCCAUAGAUACCUUUUGCUAUUCCUAUCUGAAACGCAUUUUCUGUUGUCCCAGAGAUUGAUCUGAUGGUACUAUGACACACUACUUUUUGCCAUAGACACGCAUGCUUCCUCUGAGCCUCAUUGUGUUGUUUCCGAAUCUUAAUUGGCUUUGGAAACAUUUCCGUGAGCCGCAGCCUUUUCUCUUCAGAUGGGAACUUUAUAUAGGCGGGAUGAGGAGGGAGAAAAAGAUGAGAGAGAAAAAAAAGCAUGCACAAGAGAGAGAUGUAGCGAGAGACUGAGGUAAAAGUGUGUUUUAAGACUGAUUCGGUUCUUCCCAAGGGGCAGGCCUCUAAUGAGAUACCAGAGUAAUGAGGUGCAGUUUCCAGCCACAGAUGUGAUUCUCAUUUUAAUUAAGAGGGGGGCGGUUAGAGUGCAUAUUGUUAAAUAUAGUUAACCCUCUUUUUGAGGAACCAUGGGGAAUAUAUACACAAGCCAUGGAGUUCGACCCUACAACCCCCUGCCCCAUUCCCUCUACUCCUACACAGGGGUCAGUGGCACGAGAUGAAAGAUGGAAACAAGGCCUGUCAGAACUGGGCGUUCAGCUCCGUCGUGUUCACUCUCAUCCUCCGCUGAUCCCAGAGCGUACCCUGCUUCCUCUCUGUGGUCACAGGAGACGAUCACUCGCCCACAGGGCUGGGCGUGAGUGGCAGCUUAGGUCUCUGAUGAUUAGGCAGGAUGAAAAUGGCUGUGUGAUUACAAAUAAUCCAGCUCUCCAGUUCUCAUUCAGUUAGCUCUAGCUUUUUCACAGAAUGUAGUAAAAAGCAGCUAGGUGCUGUUUGUGUUUCUCGUUGCUAUUGCUUUAUUAUUUUUUUGUCCAUGGUGACACCCAAACAAAGCACUCACUGCAGCCAAAGGCAUGAAUUGUGUUGUUUAGAAAUGUCCACCAACCAGGGGUGCACUGAAAUAGGAAUCGUGUGCUGAUGCCAAUAUCUGAUAUCUUUUUGCACAUAUGAGCUGACAUUGAUAGGUAAACAUAAAAAAAUAAAAAUUUGAGACUACAUCUGCCUGGGUUAGCUUUACUUCUCAGACAGGAGUUUAGCCUAGUCCUGGGCUACAAGGCAUUCUAAAUGGAGAUUCUCCAUUAAAAGGAAAGUAUAGACCAAGACUAGGCUUAAUAUAUGUCCAAAAAAACGACCCUAAUUUCUUACAAGUGCAGUACAGUGAAUAAAUGAAUAAAACUCAGACGUCGUGACCCACUUGCUGCUUAAAAGUUCUGCAGUUCUUAGGCCUCUCAUUAUCAUGAAAUUUUAGCUGAUGAUUAAUGGUUAUAUCAGUAAUGGACAAUUACAUUAACAAAAUAUUAAAGUACUAUUGUAGUAGCUGAUUAGCUGUUUUGUUCCCUAGCGGUCGAAACUUAGUUGCGCCAAACUGAUGACAGAAAAAGAUGAGCUGAAAUAAGCAAACAUUACAUUGCUGCCCUCUAAAGAUUUUACUGCAAAAGAGAUUGUGGUGUUUUCAUAAGACACCUAACAUGUCUCAGUAAAUGUUUUUUGCUUUUUUUAUUUACAGGUAUUUGCCUUAACCCAACUAAUAAACAUACCCAAUUCACAUUUGUUGCUGAAUAGAAGUAGUCACUGUGGUCAGCAAAAAAAUGAUCAGCUCAAAUAAUUAUCUAAUAAUUAUGACAGGAGUAUCUAGAGUAUAAUAAAUACCUACUCGGAUAAAUCUAAACAUCUGUCCAAUGCUGUUAAUAAUUUAAAGCAGAUUUUUGCUUAUGCCAAUAUGAUUCCAAUAUUGCUGUGCAGCCCUAAAUAAAACGCAGACAUUUUAGUGUAGUAUACCAGCAUUUGUACCAAUUUAAAACUGAAUGGAUAUGAAAAGAAAUGUUUUUUUUUUUGUUUGUUUGUUUGUUUCUGAAUAUGACUAUAGGAAGAAGCUGUAUAAACGUUCAGCAUGCAUACAGUACAUGCUAAUAAUCAUGCAGAGACUAAAUGGCACAAUCUGUAAUGGUGAACAUAUUUUUUUUCCUUCCUUCAAUUUGUGCUGUUUGUCAAAUGGAACUUGCCCUUUUGGUGUGAGUGUGUGCUGUGCUGAUAGGUGGAGACUGAUUCUGUUAGCUGUGUUUUGGCAGAACCUCCUACUUCUUUAAUAUAACGAUCUGUCAGAAAGCAUUUCUACAAUAAUUACAGCCCCCCUCCUUCUUCCUCUUUGUGUGCACUCUCUCAGCACUUCAAAAGGAGGUUUCUUUUUCCUCCCCAUACAAUAUUCAUAACCUUUGUGUCCGUGGCUGAAUUGCUUUAAACAGUCAUCCGGAUUAUCUUCCUUACUUUUAUUUAAGGUAAUACAUCGCAUCCAAACAUAUAUAUAUAUAUAGGCAUAAGCAAAUGUGUGUGUGUGUGUGUAUGUAUGUAUGUGUGUAUAUUCCCUCUUAUAAGAUCUUAUACACCCAAUUUGUUGAGCCAAACAUUAUGCCAAGUAUGAAUCCUUUCAUCUUCCCCAAUGUUUUGUUCAUGCUUAUUUCUGCAUGAACUUUGCAGCACAAAGCUCAGUUUUAUUCAUUGGCUGCCACUGUUUAUAAAGUUAUAUAGAGGAGCUGCUGUACACUUCAGGUACUUGGGCCAUUCCUUUAUUUUCUGCUGCUUUUAUUCUGUAUUUUGUCAUGUCACCACACCAGAUGGGCCAAAUUCCAAUCAGUGAAAUCAAAAUAUAUAUAAAUAUAGAUAUAGAUACAGACUUACAUAUCUGUAUAAUAAUCCUUUAUUCUACUAAGAAAAACUUCAUAUAAUGCUAUAUUAUGUAAAUAAAACUUAUGUUUUGUAAAGUAAAUUCUGAUUAUUUUAUUGUUGACUGGAUUGUUUCAUAUUAAACACUAGUACAGUUUCUUAAUAAGCCUUAUAAUACUGUGACUAUUUACACUAUACUCCUACGAAUUUGUACACUCUUAAAAAAAUCAAGGUGCCAAAAUGGUUCUUUAGAGCAAUGGUUCUCAAUCCUGGUCCUAAAGUACCACUGCCCUGCAGCGCCCUGCAGUAACAUGUGCAGCUGACCAUAACAAGGGCUUGAUAAUGAGUUAAAGAAGGACAAUGGUACUUCAGGACCAGAACCAUGACUAAGAACUGCUUUAGAGCAACGCCACAGAUCAGAUGUCUUAAAAUACAGACAAUGAAUUCCAGUUUCUGGUCCUGGAUCUUGUAAUCACUGGUCAGUAUGACAUUAUGUGGCCAUUAGUUAUAUCAACAGUUCAAUUAUAUACCAUUUGAUGUUAAAUUCAGGCCAUAGAAGAACCACAUUGGAUCCAUAAACAGACUUUUUUGAAUGGUUCUUUAAAGAAUAAUUUCUGUAAACAAAAUAAACCUGGUUUUUGUAAUCACUGGUCAGUAUGAUACUCUGUGACACUAGAUGGUCAAUCAGUUACAUUGACAGUUCAAUUAAAUAUAUUUUGUUGCUAAAUUCAGGACUGUAAACUGAAUUGAAGAUCUAGCCACUGUCAUAGAAGAACCACAUUUCCAAAGGAGACUCAUGGAUAGUUCUUUAAAGAAAGAUUUCUGUAAACUAAAUAAUGUAAAUGUUCUAGGGAUGUAACAGUAAAAAGUAUUGUAACAAA